AUGGGUGACUACUCGAAAGCACUUGAAUUUUACGAAAAAUCACUUGAAAUACGAAAAAAAGCUCUCCCUUCUAAUCAUCCUGAUUUGGCUGUUACUCAGUUGAAUUUUGCCACAUGUUACGAAACAAUGGGUGAUUACACAACAGCUCUUAAAGCCCUUAAAAAUGCUUAUCAAAUCAAUCAAAAAACUUUUGAAGAAGGUAAUCCAGCUUUUGCUUCAACAUACAGCUGGUUUGGAAGAGUUUAUCGCAGUUUGAAAGAUUAUUCAAAGUCAUUUGAUUACUUUCAAAAAUGCCUCGCAAUAUUUCAACGAACAUUACCAGAAAGACAUCCCAAUCAAGCUAUUACAUAUAGUAAUGUUGGUGAUGUUCAUCGAUUAAUGGGUGAUUAUGAAAAGGCAAUUACAUUUCAUCGAAAAGCAUUAAAUAUUCAAGAAAAUGUUCAAUGUAAUCCUACAGAUUGUGCAACGACAUAUAUAAAUUUAGGUGAAACAUAUCGUCAAAUGAAAGAUUAUACAACGGCAUUUACAUAUUAUCAAAAAGGAUUAGAAAUACGUGAAAAUAAACUACCAAAAAAUCAUCCUGAUUUAGCUGUAGUAUAUCAUAAUUUGGCAAAAUUAUAUUUAUCUACUCGACAAUAUAAUAUGGCAAUGAAAAAUGUUCAACAAGCCAUAGAAAUUGCUCAAGAAAAAUUACCUUCAAAUCAUCCUCAUAUAUUGGAAUAUAAAGAAACAUUUGAAAAAAUUCGAAAGAAAAUGUAA